UGACGCGAAAAUGGCGUCCUCCGCUGCCCGGCUGACUACACGCAGGUUAGCAGCAUUGGCUUCUUCUGGACACCGUAGCGGUCAAUUUUUCAUCGUCUCCGCCAGACAUGCAGGAGUUUGUUCAGCGACGAUAUCGCGGGCUCACCGGGGUGGGAUAGCGGUUGGCCUCGGCUCCUGGAGACACGGGAAUGCCGUGACAUUGAGGGGACUGACAGAGUUGAGAUUUCCCCAUGUCACCACCUGCCACUCUUUCCACACCAGCAGCAGUGUGACAAACAAGCAGGACUACUAUGAAAUCUUGGGUGUCUCACGAACUGCCGCACAAAAGGACAUCAAAAAGGCUUAUUACCAGCUGGCAAAGAAGUACCACCCCGAUACCAACCCAGAUGAUCCAGAGGCCAAAGAGAAGUUUUCCAAACUGGCCGAAGCUUAUGAGGUGCUGAGCGAUGAGGUGAAGAGGAAGCAGUAUGACACAUACGGAGCGGCGGGUUUUGACGCCAGUCGAGCUGGGGCUGGCCAGCAGCAGUACUACAGAGCUGGGGGGGCCAGUAUAGAUCCCGAAGAGCUCUUCAGGAAGAUCUUUGGAGAGUUUACUGGUGGAAUGGGCUUCGGGGACGUCCACAGCAUGUUUGACCAAAGGCCUGAGUUUGUGAUGGAGCUUACGUUCACCGAGGCAGCAAAGGGUGUGAAUAAGGAUCUGAAUGUGAACCUGGAUGAUACCUGCCCAAGGUGUGAUGGAAAGGGCAGUGAGCCGGGCACCAAGGUGUCACAUUGUCACUACUGCAAUGGCACUGGCAUGGAGUCAAUCAACACAGGUCCUUUCAUGAUGCGUACCGCCUGUCGGCGCUGUGGUGGGAAGGGUUCCAUUAUAAUCACGCCCUGUGCUCUGUGCCGAGGUUCAGGUCAAACCAAGAAGAGGCAGACACUCACUGUGCCCAUACCUGCCGGUGUGGAAAAUGGUCAGACAGUGCGCAUGUCAGUAGGACAAAGAGAAAUCCUCAUUACAUUCAGGGUCCAGAGGAGCCCAGUGUUCAGGCGCAACGGUGCAGACAUCCACUCAGACGUGCCGAUUUCUAUAGCUCAAGCCAUCCUGGGGGGCACAGCCACAGCACAGGGCCUCUACGAAACCAUCAGUAUGGUGAUUCCUCCCAGUUGCCAGGCUGAUCAGGUGAUCCGGCUGCAGGGGAAAGGCAUUCGGAGGAUGAACAGCUACAGCUACGGAGAUCACUACGUUCACAUCAAGAUCAGAGUGCCCAAGAAGCUGAGUCGGAGGCAGCGCUCUCUGCUGCUGAGUUAUGCUGAGGAGGAGACGGACGUGCAGGGAACCGUCAAUGGUGUCAGUCCUUCAACAGGAGGGGGCAGCAGCGCUUCAGGAUCUGGUGAGAAGACAACCAGCUCAGAGGAGGGACAGAAAAAGCAGCAGCAGCAGGAGCAGAAGGAGGAGGGAGGCUUCUUCUCCAAACUAAAGAAAAUGUUUAGUUGACACUCAGGCUGCAGGUAAAAAACACCAUGGUAAAGGAAGAAAAGAAAUUCACUGACUAGGCCUCCAUGCUGUUUCCUUUGGAGACUGAGCAAGGGGGAGGAAGAGAGAGGCAUAAUGGUGUUUGUGUUGACUCAGUCACACGUUGUUGGACUUGCAGUUCGCAAACAGGCCACGCAGGCAUCAGGUCCACCCACACACCCACUGGGACGUCACCACAGUCAGGUGCUGGGCUGAGAAACUCAUGUACUGCUGGAAGAGAAGAAAGAUGGUGACUACAGAUGGCUGUUGUGGUACAAUUCUCCUCCCUGCUUACUGUGUUUGAAACUCCACAGCUCCUUGAGUCUACAGACAGUCACUCUGUAUUAAAUAACACCACUUGCCAUUAAAAUGGCAGCAAAAAUUUACAGUCAACCAACACAGUAAUGCAGGUAACUUGAAAUGGAUUGUAACAGGAUGAAAAGCCAUGCAGUGUAUGAGUUUUAGGAAGUGAAAUACAGCAUGACAGUUAUUAUAAUUAUUUUUAUCUGUAACACAUUUUAGGUGUCCCAGAGUGCAAUAAUGUCCCAGAGAAGAACUAACAGAAAAGGACUGUGUAAUUUGGUACUAAUUAUAAGAAAAUGUGGGCAGUGUUCAAUUGAUGUACUGUCAGUUUAUUACAGAGUGAAGUUUGUGUACAGUGCAGCUUCCAGUUCAACAGCCGCCAAUACAAUAUGAAUAUGUACGUGGGUUAAAUGGAUCUCUGAAAGUUUUUCCAGUCUUAUUUCAGUGGUUCUUUUGAAAGGAAUGUGUCUGUAACAACUGCUGAUAAAUUCAACUCACUCUAAUUCUACUGUUGUCUAUGUACAGUUCACUAUUUUAUAAUUUCCUGGUUUGUUGUCUAAGAAGGUUGUCUCUAUUUUCUAUAUGAUUAGCACCAAAUUACAGUAAUUAAAGUAAUGUGUCACCUUUUGUUCCCCAUAUUAAACUUUGCUGGCUGUUAAAUAAACACAUUCCAGUACUGUGAAAUCUGAUAUUCCAUGGUUUUAACAAGGAUUGAAAACACAUAGACAACAGGAACCCUGAUCUUCAGUAUUUGUUACUGUCACAUCCAGACUUAGUUUUUCUCGUUAUAGUUUGUUGCACCUGUGUGUGGCAACCAAACUGUGCAAAAACCUAUUUAAAUAAA